AUAUAAUUAUCAUUACAGCUGUAGCCAUCCAUGAUCAGAUCAUUAGUUAGUUUACUUAAAAAAUGCUCCCUCUCCUUAGCUUUAUUCUUAUAGUUGCAGCAUAGUAUAUUGUACUAAGGUUCUAAUAAGUUCUUCCAUUUCUUGGAAGUAGCUAGCUAGGUGGUCUUCGCCCUCACUUUAAUCUUUUCACUUUUGUGGACUAAUUGCAACUUCAUCCAUAAGAUCAUCAACAAAGGUAAUUAUGCAGUCAUUGUUCAUUGGUUCCUCCUCCACAAAGCAUUCUUUUCCGCCCCUUUUCACCGGCACGGUUGGAUUAUAUUCUUCUUCCUCCUUUCCAGGCAAGUUUUUCGUGCUAAUACCUCAAUAUAUAUUGCAUGAUUGUUAUUUCUUCUUUGUAUUACUCAUUUACGUGCUAGUUUGGGUUAUUUUGUUUUGACUAAUCCGGCUAUAUAUGUAACAUAUGCGUUCAAUGGUGUGCCUUAGGUUUUGAUUUGCUAGGGCAGAAAUGAGAAAUUUACCAUCAAGAUAUAAAAGAUGAAUCAAUGAAAAGAUAGUCUUCUUCUAGCUAGCUAGCAGUUACGCAAGAAUAGAUUUAUCACAGGAGUACAUUGUGAGAAUUGGGCAAAGACAGUUCCAAGUGGCAAAAAGUAGCCAACCACAGGACAGUCUGAUUACCCUAAACAACCUUUCUUUCUCUAGUGGGUAAAUUAAGAUUUUUUUUUUUUUGAGUUUUUGUCAUCGGGAAAAAUUUCUGUAACACCUUUUGUAAGACUGAAAUAUUUACUUUAUGUGAUAAACUGUGAAAUACGAAAAAGGGAUAUUCUAAAUAAUGUGUUCGACAUUUUGCUUUCCCUAUAUUUAUCCAAAUCAAAAGGCAUAAUCAUUAAUUACUUGAUCAUUGAAUAAAAAAGAGAGGGAGAAAUAACGGUGUUUUUUUUUUUUUUUUGGUCUUCUCAACAUUGUUACGUUAACUUUUGAACCAUUUUGUGAUCAAUCUAUACCUGUCACUACUUUUUAUCAAAAGGAAAAAAAACAAAAAACAAAGAGGAAAAGAAAUCAUCACCAAAAAUCACGUACAAUUCAGGUGCAGCUAAAUACCAUGUGAUAAAGGGAAUAAUAAAAUUAUUACAAAUGUGUCUUUAUUGUUGUCACCAAAUGAAUCCCAUGUGUUAGUUAACGGAAACACUGAAUCUUUACAAGUUUUAUUCCUGAAUGAUUUGGAUUAGGUUUUUUCUUCUUUUUUUUUUAAAAAAAAAAAAUCAAGUUUUAGUCUCUUGAUUGUACCCUGUAGAAGCAAAAGUUUCGAAAUGCCAAAAAUGGAGGUGGAACAAUGCCGAUAAUAAAUUAUCAGAACCUAUGCGGCUCUCACAAAGGCGACAACUUCUCAGCAAAUAUGUUGCUCGUCCUUGUUACAAGGGAAAUGGUAAAAAUUUGGCAAAUGCGGGUUCUGGAGACCAUUAUCAUUUUCCAACUGAUCAACCCAAGAGCCUAAUGGAAACAUUUCAAAUGAAGUUUGUUGCCUUUUGUGAAUUUGCAAGGCUAUAUUCAUUCGUUGGAAGAGGAUUGAGCAUAGUUUCAUCAUCUUUCCUUGGAAUAGAGAAGUUAUCAGAUAUUUCUCUAUUGUUUCUUUCUGGGGUAUUGAAGGCCAUUGUUGCUACUUUCUUCGUGCAGUUAUACAUCAAUAGUAUAAAUCAGUUGGAAGAUAUUGAAAUUGACAAGAUUAAUAAGCCAUACCUUCCAUUGGCAUCUGGAGAAUAUUCGAUUGAGACAGUUAGGAUUAUCACAGCAUCUUCAGCAUUAAUGAGUUUUUGGCUUGCUUGGAUGGUGGGAUCGUGGCCGUUAUUUUCUGCUAUUCUAGUCAUUUUUGUGUUUGGGACUAUAUAUUCAAUUAAUUUACCUUUUCUGAGGUGGAAGAGAUCUGCAUUUCUUGCUGCACUUUGUGUCUUCGCCAUGGGAGUACCCACGGAGCUUGCGUUUUAUUUGCACACACAGACUUUUGUGUUUGGACGGCCUGCUUACUUUCCGAAACGGGUAAUUUUCACGUUAGCAUUCAUGUCCAUCUUCACAGUUGUUGCAGCUAUUUUCAAGGAUAUUCCUGACGUUGAUGGAGACAAGAUACAUGGUGUUCGAUCUUUUGCAGUCCAGUUUGGUAAAGAAAAGGUGUUUUCUAUUUGCUUCGUGCUUUUUCAAAUUAUUUAUGUUGUUGCUAUUUUAGUUGGUUUGACAUCUUCCCAGAAAUGGAGCAAAUUCAUUACGGUUGCUAGUCACAUAUGUUUAGCUUUGAUACAUUGGAGUCGUGCGAAAUCUGUUGACCUGGGAAACAAAACAUCGGUUACAUCCUUUUACAUGUUCAUAUGGAAGCUCCUCUAUGCCGAGUCCUUCCUGGUGCCGCUGAUAAGGUAGCAUGACGGAUAUUUCUCGACAUGCCGGUUGACUCUCCACCUUGAUAAGCUGCUUUAAAUGUUUGUUACACAGAUGCCUGUACCUUGUAGUACUACAAUUGAAAUGAUUCUGCUGUUUCUCAAAAUGUUAAUUUGAGACAUCAUUUAUUGAAAGAAAGGGAUGAGAAUUCAACAGAUACAUCGUUUACAGUUGCAUUUCAUACUGCUCCGCUAUGUCAUUUGCUUUAUUAACUUCAAUACUGUUACCCUAAAAUAAAAAAAAAGACAAAACUCCGAUACAGUUAUGAAAUCCUACCCUUCCCCUUUCUU